GGGAGGCGUCGCCGCUGGGGCUGCUGGACAUGAACGCGAUCAGCGGCGCCGUGACGCUGCGCGUGUCGCCACCGCCCGCCGGCACCUUCCUCUACCGCAUCGUCGCCUCCGCCCCCGGCGCACAUUCGGCCUACGCGCAGCUGCUGGUGAUGGGGCCGGCCGGCGUUGAGUGCAACGAAGACGGCGGUGAAGUGUGCUUCACGCACGCGGUCAGCGUGCAGUGGAUAAACGAGCACAUCGCACAAGAUGUGCUGAGAGCGAUGCCCGUCCAAGACUGCACCUUCUCGGCGCUCUCCGGACAAGAGUACUUCGACGUGGACGCGCGGACGGGCGCCGCGAGGAUGCGGGCCGUGGACCGCGAGGACGCGGCGUUCGACGGCGCGGAGGCCCCCGUGCUGCGCCUGUGGGUGCACAUGAGCUGCGACGGCGACGCCGCCCGUGCGCCCCCCGUCGCCCGCGCCGGCAGCGACUACGGCAACUGGACGAAAAUGCUGGGAGACGUGGCGCACGACCCGCGCUCUACAGUGGUUCUGGUGGAAAUUGUGGACAUCAACGACAACACGCCGGUUUUCAACCCACCGUCCAUCGUCGUGGGCUUCCCGGACUCGUCCCUGGCAGAACGACUGCGCCUGCCCGCGCUCUUCACAGCCCAGGUUAGU